GCCGUUACCGAUGUCGCCUCGAUCCUUUUAAGUUUUUUCCACUAACAUUAAAUUAAUGCCCCAAUUUGUUUCCCUUACCUAAAUUAAUUCGUUUCCCUUCUCCCUCUCUCUAGGUUCUGCGUCUUCUUCUCUUUCUACGUAGCUCUUUCCCUCUCUAGACAUGGCGGUUUCUAUGCCCUCGAACCAGGUGAACGACGGGAAAAAACCCAUGGGAGCUAAACGUGUAAAGAUGGGGGGUCUAUUGAGGUCUCUUUCUUUCGAUGUAUUCCAUCAUUCUUCUCCAUCACCUUUUUCCCCUACAAAACAGACAUUCCGCAAAAAGAAUCAGGUUGCAAAUCUCAUGCUUAUCAGCAUCAAUGUCCAGGAGAGCACAGGCCCUUUGCGUUUUCUUGUUAGGGUGGAUGAUACGGUUGGCUCUGUUAUUGACACUGCGCUUCGAUCCUAUGCUCGCGAGGGUAGACUCCCCGUCCUCGGCACUAAUUUCAACAAUUUCUACCUCCAUUGCGCCAAUUCUGAAUUCAAAGCUCUGAGUCCAGUAGAGCCCAUCGGGAUGCAUGGAGGGAGGAACUUUGUCCUCUGCAAAAAGCAGCAGCAGGAACACAUUGAUGAAGAACAUCAGCAACAAGGAAGAAGAGGAGGAAUGCUCAAAAGGCACUGGAAGCUAUGUAUCAAUAAAUCUCUCUCCUUCAAUCUUUCUCACUGAGGUUUCCCA